AUGUCGUCCGGAAGCAGAGGGACAUGGGUUUUAAUGUUUCUGGUGAUUAUUUCAAGCAUGUUUAUCUACAACUCCGUGUCGAAACUGGACCCUUAUUCAGUUAAGAAGAAACGUAUGAGUGAGAAAGUUCGCAAGAUGUUUUACCAUGCUUAUGACAACUACAUAAUGCAUGCUUUCCCACACGAUGAAUUAAAGCCUCUAACAAAAACUUACACAGAUUCUCUUAGUGAACUUGGAAAUUUGAAGCUUGAGCAUCUACCACAGGAGUAUAAUGGAUCUGCCCUCUCGCUUAUUGAAUCACUAUCCAGCCUAGUAAUCUUGGGUAAUCACACUGAGUUUGCAAGGGCAGUUCUUUGGCUAUCUGAAAAUCUGACAUUUGAUGUUGACGCGAGGAUAAAUCUUUUCGAGUGCAACAUAAGAGUACUUGGAGGGCUUGUUUCUGCUCAUAUUCUUGCAACUGAUUCUACAAACAGAUUGAAGAAAGGAACUUAUGAAAAUCAGCUUCUAGAUCUUGCUGAGGAUUUGGGGCAACGGUUUUUACCUGCUUUUGAUACCCCCACUGGUCUGCCUUAUGCAUGGAUCAAUUUGAAGUAUGGAGUGAUGGAGAACGAGAUAACCGAAACAAGCACAUCUGGUUGUGGUUCUCUGAUUCUUGAAAUGGGGGCAUUGUCACGCUUAACCAGCGACCCAAGAUUUGAAAAUGCUGCUUUACGUGCUCUUCGUAAGUUAUGGAGCAUGAGGAGUUCAUUGAAUCUUUUGGGAACUACACUGGAUGUAGAAACUGGGGAAUGGAUAGAGCACUCAUCUGGAAUCGGGGCUGGGGUUGAUUCGUUUUAUGAGUAUCUAAUUAAAGGUCACAUUCUAUUCGGAAGAGAAGAGUUCUGGAGGAUGUUUCAGUUGGCUUACCUUGCUGUGCAAAAACAUUUUAGACAUGGCCCAUGGUACCAUGAAGCUGACAUGAGGACAGGAAGAGCAACAUUUUGGCAACUUACAAGCCUUCAGGCAUUUUGGCCUGGCCUGCAGGUUCUUGUUGGGGACAUUGCAGCUGCUAACUCAUCACACCGUGAAUUUGUUCAUGUAUGGAAUAAAUUUGGAGUACUUCCUGAGAGGUACCUCCUUGAUCAUCAGAUGCUGCAUCCUACAGAAAAGUACUAUCCUUUACGCCCAGAGUUGGCAGAGUCAACAUUUUACCUAUAUCAAGCAACCAAAGAUCCAUGGUAUUUAGAGGUUGGCGAGUCAAUUGUGGACUCUCUCAAUUUAUAUACACGAGUCGAAGGUGGUUAUGCGAGCAUUCGAGAUGUGACAAAUAUGGAGUUGGAAGAUCAUCAGCAUAGUUUCUUCCUCUCUGAAACGUGCAAGUACCUGUAUCUUCUCUUCAACGAUUCAUUCUUGGCCAAUCAAAACUACAUAUUCACAACUGAAGGUCACCCACUGCCUGUUUUAAGCUCUUGGCACGAGAAGCUUCCCGAGGCUUAUAUUCUUAGUAACUUUACAUCCAUUAAGAGUGAAGAGCAACCAAAACGAUCUAGUGCAAUGUCAUUGCAAAUCUGUCCUGAUGCUAAGAAUGAGUCAGUCGAGAGUGCUUGUCAUAUCGCGGACACUAGUGCUGAUCAUAGAUGUUUUGCGGAUGAGGACUGUGGUGUUGAUUCGACCACAUGUAGACGAAGGUCGUGCAGUAUGGCUGGCUAUUGUGGUCUAUGGUUGUUAAUAUGA